AUGUCUCUAACUAAACAGAGAUCCGCCCACAAGUCCGAUGACUUCCCCACGGUUCAACUCUUUCUCCUAGCGAUUGUCCGGCUCGCGGAACCCAUCGCCCUCACCUCCAUCUACCCCUACGCCUGGGCCCUCGUUAAACGAUUCGAAGUCGGCGAAGAGCAAGAUGCUUCGUUUUACGCCGGCCUCCUCAUCUCGGCCUUUUCCCUUGCCGAGGCCCUCAUGGGUAUGUACUGGGGAGGUCUUUCGGACCGCAUUGGCCGCAAGCCCGUUUUGCUCAUUGGAUGCUUCGGCACCAUGUUCAGCAUGAUCAUGGUCGGCGUUGCGACCAAUAUCUGGGUCGCGCUCGCAGGACGUGCGCUUGGUGGUCUUCUCAACGGCAACAUUGGUGUCAUCCAGACCAUGGUUGGGGAGCUGGUCAAGAGGCCUGAGCACGAACCCCGCGCCUACUCGGUGAUGCCGUUCGUAUGGUCCAUUGGUACCAUCCUAGGCCCGUUUGUAGGCGGUACGUUCGCCGACCCCCAUGAUUCGUUCCCGGACCUGUUCCCCGAGGGUUCGCUUUUCUAUAACUAUCCCUAUCUCCUUCCCAAUCUCAUCUGUGCUGGGCUCCUGCUCGUAAGCAUCAUUCUUGGUUGGUUUCUCCUGGUCGAGACCCACCCUGACAUGCAGCCCUGCGAUGCUCUGGCCGAGGAUACGUAUGCGUAUCUGUCGGAGGAGACCCCCCUGCUGGAGACGUCGGAUGCUAUAAAGCGGCCGGUCGUGGACAUGCGCGACGACAACUACGGCACGGUUCGUGUCCAUGAUACCCACAUGGCGCCGGCCUCGGAGGCAUUUGAUGUGGAGAAGGACGACGAACGAUCGAGCAGCAUUUCCACGAAGCGAAUCGUGUCUAUCAUGAUUGCGCUGUGCAUCUUCACGUAUCACUCAAUGACGUACGACCACCUCAUGCCCAUCUUUUUCGAGGACGAUCGCGUCGCCGGAAAUAACAGCACCAGCCUCACCGCCGCCGCCGCCGCCUUAUCGCCCUCUGCCUCGUCAUUUUCUUUCCUCGUACCCGGCGGAUUGGGGCUCAGCGUGCGGGACGUUGGGAUGAUUAUGGCCGUCAACGGCGGGAUCGCGCUGUUCAUCCAGGCCGUUGUUUUCCCUCUGGCUGCAGAGAGGAUGGGUGUGUACCGACUGUUCAUCCUGGUUACGGUACUGCACCCGGUCGCGUACAUGUUGGUUCCGAGCCUGCUACUCGUCCCCGAGUCGCUCCUCUACCCGGCCAUCUACUUUUGUCUGGCGGUGCGCAACGUCCUGUCCAUCAUCCUGUACCCGCUCCUCCUUAUCCUGCUCAAGGAGGCGACGCCUACGCCCAAGGCUCUGGGGAAGGUGAAUGGGAUGGCCGCCAGCGCUGGCGCCGGAUGCCGGAUGAUCGCACCGCCCAUUGCGGGGUGGCUGUACACUUCCGGCAGCAAGGUGGGUUGCAGUGCGCUGGCGUGGUACGGAAGCGCCGUCGUGGCCGUGGUCGGAUCCGUGCAGUGCUUCUCUGUGCCACGGUCCAAGUUUGAGCAAGGGGAAUUACCUACAAAAUGCAGAAAAGAGGAAAGCAUUCCAAAAUAA